AUGUCCCAGACACUGAAGAAGGAUGUUUGCGAAAUGCAUGCUCCUGGUAGUCAAGCCAGCCAGGUUGACAGUAGCCAUCUUCAGAAAUGCCUUCCGCCCGAAGUUCAGUACGCAUGUCUCUACUGGGUCCAGCAUCUGCAACGGAGUGGCUCUCAGGCUUACGACGGCGAGGAAGCCCACGGGUUUUUACAAGCUCAUCUACUGCACUGGCUUGAGGCGCUUGGGUGGAUGGGCAAGAUCUCAGAAGGGAUUCAAGCAAUCUUAGCCUUAGAAGCUUAUACCCAGGUAAGUUAUCUGUCUAUUAAUUAG